AGUCCUAGGCGCACCACUCCCUCCAUUCCUCUCUAUCCAGCGCAACAGCCGCCUUCUCUCUCGCAGGCCAGCUAGCGGAUUGGCCGGAUCCGGCCUCGAAAGCCGCAGAUUCGAUAUUGAUGGCCGUGGGCCUGAGCCUGGAGUCUUGGCCUUCAAAUGCGUCAGACUUGCACUGUCCUCUGCUAGCUAUCGAUGAACAACGAUGCGACAGAAGCCUGGAGCGGCGGCGAUGUCUUCGCUGCCUUCGCCGCCAACACCAACGGCUUGCUCCUCGUUGGCAUUAAUCGGCAUUCAUCGAUGUCAAGAGGGGGCUAUGCCGAGCCGACGCCAUCGGGCCCGAGCAGAUCUAUCGAGCACCGACGCAGAGGGUCAAGACAACAAGAGUAGCCGGGGCAAGCAGUGCCCCAGUGUGCCUGCCCGAGCAGAGUGCCGGGGCCGAGGUCUCGUCCCGUUCGUCGCCUCGUCCGGGCUUGUCCCCCGUAGCUGUGGACACAAGGUCGACAAGGAGAUGGAGAUCAGGCAAAAGAAGGAGCAGAAAUCUAUGAAAUCAAGGCAUCAUCGGCUUCCUUAUGAGUCAAUGCUAUACAUGCUUCUCCAAGGGGGAAAUAAGUACCAAUAAAAGGAUAUGACUCCUUUGUUUCAUAUUUUAUCAUCGGUUUAACAUAUUUUUUUAUUCCAAUCCUCAACUGGAGGAUUAGAUGGUAAGUCUCUCUUAUGGUGUCAUCCAUUUUGUUGUUAAUUUUUGUUAUCCGUGUGGCAGCAUACCUAUGGUAAAGAUGUCAAUGAAUCUUGAGUCCUUAUUUUCUGGAUUUUCAUAACCAAGCUAAUCUCUUCCCGGUGAUUUCAUACUGAUAGCCUGGGUGGAGUACAUCCAACACAAGGGGGUUUCUUUACCAUGAUAUCAAGGUGCCAGACAACUUCCUGCCGGGCACUAAUAUUUACUGAUAAAACUGUUUUGGUGGUGACUGUGUCCCAAUGCAUAGUUGCUGCUGUAUUGGGCAUUUUUUGCUUCAGCUCAUUAUCAGCGAAUAAGCACAAAUUCCUUUAUCUUUUAAUACAAUAUGCCCUUGCGAUGGACAAAUUAUUUCAGUUGAUGUAAGCAUUUUAAUUUCUGUAGAUUGAAUGUGUGCCACACCAGUUCAUGUAUUUGGAGUAUAUAUUUUUUUAUUAUAAACAAAUAUUUGGAUGA